GUUUGUUCUUUUGUUGUAAAUAUUAAGAGGAAAACGCAGAUGAAAUUGCAUUUAUUAAAAUGUGCUAAACGUUUUAAACACUUAAAGCAUACAACUGAUAUCAUUUUCGUAGUUAAUUCAAGCAGUUCUAUUAUUAGUUUUAUCUAAGUAUGAAAAAUAUCAAAAAUGCUCCUAAUAUAAAAUAAUUUUCCUCAUAUGUGAAACAAUGAAGCAGAAGUAAACUUAAAAUUCCUAACAUCAAACGUUGUACAAAAUCGAUAUCUCGCCAAAUCUCGGAGGUGCGUUGGCCACGUUUAAGCGAUGCGAAGCGGGGAGUGGCAGAGUACUGCGUUUAAAUUGUGCAUUUUUAACAAUAACUGUGACAGUAUUACAAUAUAAGUUAUGAAAAAUUGGAUGUGACACACAGCGCCAAGCUCCAGUUGAAUGUGUGAAAAAAUUGAAACAAAACCACAGUAGUGAAAUAAAAAGUCCUUUUAAAAGCAAAACAAGAUUUAUAAAAUACGAAGCUCUUGUGUUUCAACUAAAUUUUUCAAAUUUAAAGAAAAUUAGAAACAACUUAGAAGUAAAGCAAAAUGCAUUCGGUGGGCAUCCAUUCGGCGAUGGCGAUAAAACGCCAACGAAAGCGACGUGAUGAACAGAAACGUGCGCGGGAAAGACGCUACAGUACGCAAAGUUCCGAGAGUGGAGAAACAUUCCAUUCGCCAAGUGGUUCCUUUCGACGUAAGUUUCACCAUGCGCAUAGCGUUGCUAAGCCUGGACCAAACAUGCUUGAUAGUCAGGUUGUCACAAGCAUCGGAAUGCUUCACAUUGGCAUCGUAUUUAUAGUUUUUGGAAUAUUUUUAUGUGGUGCUGGUAUUAUACCCGAUGAAACAAUGUCAUGGAAUGUGUUCAGCUCAAGUUCGGCAUGGUGGAACGAGGUUACUUGCACUGGACUUUUUUCGCUCGGCUUGGGACUUUUUUUGCUUGUACUGAACUGCCUAAUCAGCCGCAAAGAGGAAGAAGAUCUCGAAGACUACGUUCAAAGGCAAUUAACUAGAUCAAGAUCUGGUCAUCGUCUGGAACGUGACGUUGAAACAGGCGUGUUAACUACGCGCCAUGCACGCAAAGCAGUGGCUUUACAAAAGAAUAUGCGCAACGGAACUGCCACUGAUGUUGCACUAGUCAAUAGCACGUCGGCGGAAGAAGUAGCAAAUGGUCCGUUGACAGGGCGUAACUGUUUAGCCAAUUCCGGUGAUAUAGUGCUAGAGAAAAUCGUAGAGGAGGAUAAUACGUAUAUUAACGAUCGAAGCGCUGGCAUUUCGCCCAUAGAGAUCGAGAAUGAUACAAAACAAUUGCUGAGGAGAGAGUCUUUAAAUGAAACAAUCAAUAUAACACGAAUAUAAAAUUUAAUG